AUGGGUAUUCGUGAGCCAAUCAAGCUAUUCUUCCCUAACUACAACAAAGAGGAAUUGUUCAAAAUCAUUUUUCUCCAACAAAGAGCUUUUGUUGAGAAUAUAUUAUUAACAUACGAGGUAGAUGAUGAUAUGAAACAUGAAUUAGAGAAACCUGAAUUGUUUGCGAACUUUCUCAAUGCAUUUUUGAGCGUAUUCUACAGGCCGUGCCGAGAUUUGAUUGAACUACAACAUAUGGCACUUGUAAACUUUUCUAAAUACAGCGAGCCAAUAAUUAAAAAGGAAAUACAAGCUACAGAUUUGACAAAACUUUGGCGGCACAUAGCACCAGUGCUUAAAUCAAACUUGGAACUACUGUACCUUAGAAUUAGUGAUGCUAAGCCCAUGAAACCAUCACCAGGAAAAGAAAACAAUACCUCAGAACUUAUACCACAAAACUUUGCAAAUACUUUGAAAGAUGAGCUUACAUCAACUAAAACAUUUGCACAGAGCUUUGAAUUACCAUACUAUGCUAAGUUUUUGCUAAUAGCAGCAUACCUUGCUAGCUAUAAUCCACCUAAAGAAGACAAACGGUUGUUCAUGAAGAACCAUGGUAAACAACGGAAAAGACUGCAGCAAGUAAGAGCAAAAGCAAAAAUAUCUGAAAGAUUAAAUACACAACUUGGGCCUAAGGUGUUUACGUUAGACCGUUUACUAGCAAUUUUCUAUGCAAUACUUGAAGAAAAAAUUGGUCUCACGAGUAAUCUCCUGGCACAAAUUGCUACUCUAGUUGAAUUAAAGUUGAUCGCAGGUAGUAAAGAAAUUGACUUGGAUACUGCGAAAUACAAAUGUAUUGUUGGUUAUGAUUUUAUCUCAGCGGUCGCACAAACUGUCGGUUUUAAUGUCAGAAAAUAUUUGUAUGAUUUUAUGUGA